AUGUCAACAAACCUAUUAAAUCGUCGACAAGCCCGUUGGUCGGAAUUUCUUUCACGUUUCGAUUUCGUCAUUCAAUUUAGACCAGGGAAACAAGGGGCAAAGCCGGAUGCAUUGACUAGGAGGUCGGGUGACCUACCUAAGGAGGGGGAUGAACGGUUGACGCAUCAUAGCCAGGUGGUUUUGAAGCGAAAAAAUUUGGAUUUAAAGCUAAGUUUGUUCGCGGGUUCUUUUUCAAAUGAAUCCGCUGGAGGAAUGUCCACUGUAGAAGAGUUGUUUUUAAAUGCUUACCAAGUUGAUAGUUUCCCGAACAAAGUACUCGCGAUGCUUCGGAAUGGCGUCCGUCACUCGAAUAAGAUCUCGCUUGCCGAAUGCACGGAAGAUAACAACGGUCGGCUACUUUACCGUGGCGCACUCUAUGUACCAGAUGAUAACGACCUUCGGCUAAGACUCCUAAAGGAACAUCAUGACAAACCAUCGGCAGGCCAUCCAGGUAGAGCGAAGACUUUGGAACUUGUGAACCGAGAGUACUACUGGCCACAGAUGCGAAAAUAUGUCGACCAGUACGUUUCAUGGAUCGACUAG